AUGGUGGACGUCCUGCGCUGUCUUGGCAUCCCGUCGCGGGUGGUGACGAACUAUUAUUCUGCCCAUGACAACGACGGCAAUCUGAAGACUGACAUCCUCCUGGACGAGAACGGCAAGAUCGACCGUAAAAACACCAAGGAUUCGAUCUGGAACUACCAUUGCUGGAAUGAGUGCUACAUGUCCAGACCAGACCUUCCACAAGGCUUUGGAGGCUGGCAGGUUGUGGAUUCUACGCCGCAGGAGACCAGUGAUGGCAUGUACAGGUGCGGCCCUGCCUCCGUCAAGGCCAUUAAGCAUGGCCAGAUAUGCUUCCCGUUUGACGCAGCCUUUGUAUUUGCUGAAAUCAACAGCGACGUGGUCUUCUAUUCUCGGAGGAGAGAUGGCACCCUGGAACCAGUCAAGGUGAACCGGUCCCACGUGGGCCGCAUGGUCCUGACCAAAGCUCCAGGGCUGGAGAGCCGCCGUGACAUCACGGAGAACUACAAGUUUCCAGAAGGUAGCCCAGAGGAGCGCACUGUUCUGGAGAAGGCGGAGGAGUACGGCUGCCACCGGGAGAAGUCCAACCCCCCCGUGGCCGACGUGGACCUGUCCAUGCCGUCUCUGGAGGUCAGCGUGGGCGAUGACUUUGACCUGAGCCUGGAGUUCAAGAACCUCAGCGGCCAGCGGCGCACCGUGGACACUUUCGUCACUGGGAGUGUGGUGUAUUACACUGGGGUGACCUACGCCGACUUCCUGUUCAGCGGUCCCUCUGUGAUGAUAGAGCCCAGCAAGAGUACUAAGGAGGUGGUGCAGGUGCGUUCGAAGAGCUACAUGAAACAUCUGGUGGAGCAGGCCAACCUCCACUUCAUCGCCACUGGGAAGGUCAGGGAGACGGGCCAGAUCGUCACCGCCAUGAAAGUCGUUGCCCUGCGCACUCCCAAAAUCACUGUCAAGUUGUCGGGCGUGGCCAAGGUGAAUGAGGAGAUGAUGGCGUCUGUAGAAUUUACCAACCCCUUCAGCUUCAAUCUGGAGAACGUCUACAUUCGCAUGGAGGGGCCAGGGAUAAUGCCACCCAAAUCCAAAUAUUACAGUCUGAUCGCCAGUGGCACUGCCCUGACCUGGACCGAGUUCUUCACCCCGAGGAGGGCAGGUUCCACCCGGCUGGUAGCCACCCUGGACAGCCCCGCCCUCAGACAGGUGUACGGCACGGUGUCAAUCACCGUGAAGGCCUGAGGACCGGCGCAGGAGCACUGCGCCACGUCCCUAGGUCAGUUACUGGCCAAGCUUAACUCAUCAGCUAUCGCGCUUGAGUUUUUAGAAGCCGCUAUAUUCUAGCCAAUAUAUACAAUCUGCACCUUUUGAAGAGCUUUUUUUUACUACUUAAAUUGUGUUUUUAGUUGUAACGAUAAUGAGGAACGGUCUGUAGAAUGAGAUCUCUUCCCUUUAAACAUCACGCUGACCGAUGAGGUUUUACUUGAUGCGUUCAAUUCGCUCGAUGUACUCCAGUCAAGCUGCAUUUUUAAUGAAUUGUCGAUGCCUUUACGUGAUCAGCACUAUGAAGUACUGUUUUCGCCCCUUCGUGGUACCUGGAGAAUGUUUGUACGCUGUCUUUCUGUGCAAAAACAGAAGGAAAAUAUAUAUCAACUAAAUAAAGGGCUGAUAAAUGUCA